UCUGAUGAUUUGUUUUUGGUAGAAACCGAUGAAAUGGUUUACAAAUUCGGACCUUUCAAGUACAUAAAAUGCCUUUGAUUUUGGGCAUUUAUCAAAAACAGAAAGAGAGAGUUUAUGCACAACGUGAAUUUGUCGUUAAAUAUUUCCUCAAUUCAUCUGAAUAAUAAAAACAAGGAAGAACUUAACAAGUUCUCCAUUUGAAGCACGAUUCAUGAAAUGAAUGGUACAUCCAUUUCAAGGAAAAAUAAAAUUCAGUGCAAUCAAGUUGUUGUUGUGAGAACUUUCGGAUCUAUGUAAUCAGAGAUAUUUUGCUGUGCCAGUAUUGUACCAGCCGUAAACAACAGGAAGUAGUUCUAUAAUCCUUCGCCAAAACGUUUCUACGUACGGUUCUCUAACACGUUGGAAUAAAGUUCAUAUAAUAAGAAGAUACGGCAGGUUUACGUUUGCGAAUUCCUCUGUCAGUUAAUCCCAGGCUGACUCUUCCUUGACAUUGGCCAAUUGUAUAAAUAUGUCAGUGAACACCAACACCACUGUUUCAACCCACGCCAAUGGUUUGGUUUCUUUAUCAACGUCUAGUGCUUCUACAUCGGGUCCUCCACCAAAUAGUGUUUGGGAUCAAAUCUUAGAAAUCUUAGAAGAAAAUAAGGAAGUCUGGAUUAAAUCAGGCAUCGGGAUCGGCGGGUUUCUCCUUGGAAUCAUUCUGACAAUACUCAUAUUUAGAUGUAAAAGGAAAGGAGAUACAAAGGAGGUCAUCAACACUACCAGUAACGGAAAGGUCACUAAUGGCCGCACUCCAGAGGAAAUGGAUGAUAUUAUUCGUCAUUACAUAAGCGGCGCAAAUACUAUAAAGAAGCAAUGGGGAGAUACUGAAGACCAUCAUAUAUCACAACCUGUUGAUGACGUCAUAGGGGUGUCACGCAAUCCUGACGCACACGUCGCCGGCCAGAACCAGUACAUAGACCCAGUAUAUCCCGGACCAGACGUCCCAAACUCGGAGUACACCAACAGUGGCUUAGUACAGGACUACAGGGGCGACGAGGGUGAGCACCUGGUUGGAGACCCUGGUCUUGGCGAAAACUACUUCUACCUACAAAAAGACUUCGUCGAAGUUAACGGUCAUGACGUAGGAGUGACGUAUGGCACCGAAAAUGGCGAACAGUAUUCCGGUUUAAUGCAUGAUCAGUAUCAAUACGACCCACAGGAUGUGGGAACCCAGGGAGUUCAUCCUGACAAUUACUUCCUUUUACAAAAGGACUUUAUUCCGGCCUUGGAUAUAGAUUCGCAGGAUCAAAGCCAGGUUACAGUACUGUAGAUUAUUAAAGGGAUGUUACGCGUAAUUUACCUUUAAUUACUGUAGAAUGAAGGUAUUAUAUAUUAUAUGUUACACGUACAAUGUACAUGUACUUUUAUGACAAUGUUUCAUGCAGGAAUUGACGGUUUUUUUAAGAUCUGUAAUUAUAUACCUAGUUGUGCAAUGACUAGCAAAUCUUUAUUAAGAACAGCUAUUUUAGUCCAAUGUGUUAUGUUUGUUUAUUAGCCUUUCAUGGCAAAAACGUAUCUUUAGCUGUUGUUUCCAGAUCGAGUCAAAGCCACCCGUUACAAUAUAAGCAGAGGAAAAUGAAUUACAAACUUUUUCAUGUUAUUGAAAUACUCAGCUAAUAAUGUAACAUCAGAAUGUCCAGUGCUAUUGACAGAAGACAACACUACAAUGUGGACUAUGUAACUGGAGUCGGGGCCGGAGACAUCAUAGCGAUUACUUGGUCUCUAAUGCAAAAUAGUCUACUUCUACACAUGCAAUAAUUAUUACAUGAAACUGGCCACCAUGUGUUUACAGCCUCUACACAGUAUAUAUUCAACAUUCUUGACGUUUUAAUUUGAAAUUGAAUCUCGUUUUAUCAAACGCGGAAGCAGCCAAAUUUGGAGGCCAAAAACAUCUCCAACUCUUGUUCCCUCUCCAGACAACAAGUCUUUCAGAGGAUCCGGAGGAAGUGAUUUUAAAGCAUUCAUAUGGUUCCGUCUACACAGUACAUGUACAUGUACGUGUACGUGAACAAAUAGCUAACGAGGAGGAAACUAGAGAUUUGAACGCGUUGUUAUACAUACUAAAUGUAUCGGUAAUAGCUAGGAAGUUUUUACUCCUAUUAAUAUUUGUUUUUGCAACGUAAGUCCGUGUGCUUUCUUAUAAAGCAAUGACGUAUAUCAAAUGUUUCAAAAUAUACUGAAAAAUGUUAACUGCACUAAUAUUGUAAGAUGAAAUAUGUAGUCACCGUGGUGUAUUUUUACAUGUUUAUUUUACAUCACAUCAUAUAUCAUAUAUGCAUAAUAUGCAACUGAUAGACAUCAAUACCAUGUUUGCAAAUAUAUGGAAGCAGAAUCUACUUCAAUUUUUAGUUUAUUAAAAGAGUCAAAAUGUUGUGUAAAUCUGUGAAAAAUUCUUUGAAUAUACAUGUUAGAAAGUGAGGAAUAUGUAUGUGUCCAAUUUUUUUUCUUCAGAAUACUGUGUAGACAUUGAAUUAAUUUAUAUUCAUAACUCCAAAUUAAAAUAAAAUGUAUAGUUUUAAUUCCAUGUGAUGUUUACAUGAACUGAACAAGGUCCCAUUUUGGCACUGUUCCUAACGAGACAGGUAUCAGUACAUGGACCUCGAUUUUGUUUUGAAACUUGUGUUGUUUUAUUCUUAUUUCUUACUGCCUUAAUUAUACUCUGUUCCGAGUUUUUGCUUCCACCACUUUUUGCUUGAUAUUUCGAUAAUCAUAUAUACCUUUGUGCUCAAACUACGUUCAUCCACUAAUAUGAAAAAUGACCAGGUUAUCUGUUUUGAAACGCCCCCCCCCCCCCCCCACCACUUCAGGUUUCAAUACACAUCUAAAAAUAGAAAGUCUACGGGGAUCAUUGACUUGAAUUUGUUUAUUUUCCGAAAAAUGUUGUCACCAACAAUAAAAAGAAGAUAAAACAGGGUUUGUGAUGAUUAGAGACACCAUUGAUGUAAUCAGUUUUCUGAUAACUCAGGAGAGAGAGAGAGAGAGAGAGAGAGAGAGAGAGAGAGAGAGAGAGAGAGCAUUUGAAUAUUUCUAGAUUGGUUUGCGGCGUUUUCAUUUUCAAUAUUUCAUUAUUUAUAUAACACUUCCGUACGAGGUAUUAGAAUAAAUGUAGUUUGGUGAUGGAC